AUGGAUGCUGGGACCCCUGUAGGGGCCCUCCUUGUGCUGGAGGGCUUGGAGGAACAGCUGCGGCCGCUGGGCGAGGAUGUGGAGCCGAUGGACUUCAACGGCGCCCAGGCCCAGCUAGUGGAGAAUGGUGGUGAGCUUGGUCUCUUAGUGGUGACCUUCACGGGCUACUUCCUGCAAGUGCCCGCCUCCGCUUGUAGGUGGCUGCCUUCGGAUGCGCUGGAGGGCUAUGACCUGGUCCUGGGGCCAAGCUCGGAUCCCGAGGGCCUCGCGCAGCAGAUGCCUUCCCUGCUCCUCGAGCGCGGGUUCGUCACUACUCAUGUGAUCCUGCCGGCGCGGGGCCGUGCAGGCAUCCUCUCCGCGGUGAAGCAGCUCGAGGACUGCUUCUACCGGCUUCCUAUCGAGUUCGAGCUGGGCUACCUGGGCCGUGGACCCGCAAGGUCCGACAAGGUGGCCAUGCUCGAGGGCUUGGAGGCCGGGUCUCUGGCAGAGUCCUCUGGGCUCCUAGCACAAGAGCACAGCGUCAGCGAGCACCUGCGCCUGCUGAAGCACCGACUGCAGGAGCCCUUGGGCAUCCAGCUCUCGAGCCGCACGAACCUCCUCCUGCGCCUCUCCGGUGCGGCGCCGGCCGCCGAGGCGCCGCGAGCCCCGGCGCCCCGCGAGGCGGAGGCAUUCCUGGCACUGAUGGGCCGGCGGCGACUUUGUCUGCUUCGGUUCCUGGGGCCUAGCACCGGCAAGAUCCGGCUGAUCCCGCGGGAGGCAGACUAUCCCGAGGUGAGUAUGGUGGCCUGCCUGGACUUGCAAGUGCUCUUCCUCACCCAACUGUACGACUUCCAGUUCGAGCCCGAUGGCGAGUGCUUGGUCUUGCAGAGCUUCCUUCUGGAAGAGCCCCUCCAGAUGGUCUUCCAGAAGGCUGAGAUGCAGCCUGCUCGCCGCGCCGCGCGUCGCUCCCGCCGAGCUUCGCAGUCGCAGGUCCUUGUGAAGGGUAUGUCUUCCAGGGAUCCUUGCGAGGCAGACUUGCAUGAGAAGCUGUGGACAGCCUUGCGGCAUGGUGGCUGUGACGGCUUCCUGGAAAUCCCAAAGACCAGGUUUGACAUUGACCAGUACAUUGACUACGAGGACCAACAGAGGGCCAUGGCCUCCUUCAAGAGCUACUGCCGCCAUCAAGGCCACAUCGAAGGCAUUGAGAUUUUCGAUGCCGCAUUCUUCAACAUACCAGACCAGGAGGUGAGAGGGAUGGAUCCGGAGCAGCGGAUCUUCAUGGAAACAGGCUGGCUGGCCAUGAGCGACGCUGGCUACGAGCGCGAGAAGGUUCGAAUCGAGUCUGCUCACAUCGGGGUCUUCGUUGGCAUCAGUGGCUCCGACUGGCGGGAUGUUUGCAAAGCGCCUUCGGCAAACGGAGUUCCAGAGACCUUCAUUGCGAGACCUGGCUUCGGUUAA